AUGUUGUCGGCAUCCAGAAGAGCGACAAGCGCCUUGUCGCGGCAGCUUCGCGUUGCCUCGCGCCCUUUCACCGUGUCGACGGCCGCCCGCACGACCGAGAGACCCGCCGUCGUCGAGAAAACCGAGAGCGUCACCCCCCAGACGGCCGACAACACCGUUCCCAAGGAGGUCGGCCAGGCCCCUAACCGAGCCCUCGUUUGGUCGCGCAGCCAGAGGCCCAGAGCUCAGGCCAUGACCGGCCCCCGAUUUGAGCAGACCGACUUCUCUCUCCAGCCACAACCGUACUCAGCGAUGGAGCUUGUUCACGAGGAGCCCGUCCGGUGGACUCACAACCGCGUCGUUGCGUGCGACGGUGGCGGCGGUCCUGCCGGACACCCUAGAAUCUUCAUCAACACUGACAAGCCUGAAAUCGCUACCUGCAACUACUGCGGCGUGCCCUAUGCCAACGAGCACCACCGCAAGCACCUCGAGUCCCUUCCCGAGACCUCGUACCCCCUCGCAUAG